ACCUCUCUGGCCAGGGAGAUGGCGGUAAAGUGAUCAUGCUGUCGGAAGAAUGGGAGUGAGGAGCAGAGGCGACCAAGGCCUCUUCAGAAGUUGGGGAUGUGGAUUCAGAGGCACAGAAAACCGGUCAAGUCUUCUGCCUACAAUCACCAGCAAGGGAAUGAAUGCAAAGCUGGGUUUGUGAGGCUUCAGAGCCUAUACUCAUCAUGAGGGGACACACUGAAAAGACAACUCUCAAAACCCCCGCUCCGGGGCUCUUUAAGAGCCUCGGAACUGGGAGGAAAGGCGAGAUCACAGUAAAGCGAGAUCAAAGCACUGUGCUCUGUCCACCGCACCUCCUGCAUGUCCUGCUGCCCUGAGCUGUCCCAAGCUAGGUGACAGCGUGUUACGCUGCCACCAUGAAUGAGGUGUCUGUCAUCAAAGAAGGCUGGCUCCACAAGCGUGGUGAAUACAUCAAGACCUGGAGGCCCCGGUACUUCCUGCUGAAGAGUGACGGCUCCUUCAUCGGAUACAAGGAGCGGCCUGAUGCCCCAGACCAGACCCUGCCCCCCCUAAACAACUUCUCUGUCGCAGAGUGCCAGCUGAUGAAGACUGAGAGACCACGGCCCAACACCUUCGUCAUACGCUGCCUACAGUGGACCACUGUCAUCGAGAGGACCUUCCACGUAGACUCUCCAGAUGAGAGGCGAGAGUGGAUGCGGGCCAUUCAGAUGGUCGCCAACAGCCUUAAGCAGCGGGGCCCAGGUGAGGACCCCAUGGACUAUAAGUGUGGCUCCCCCAGUGACCCUUCUGCGGCCGAGGAGAUGGAAGUGGCAGUUAGCAAGGCUCGGGCCAAGGUGACCAUGAAUGACUUCGACUAUCUCAAACUUCUGGGCAAGGGCACCUUUGGCAAAGUGAUUCUGGUGCGGGAGAAAGCCAGCGGCCGCUACUACGCCAUGAAGAUCCUGCGGAAGGAAGUUAUCAUUGCCAAGGAUGAAGUUGCCCACACGGUCACCGAGAGCCGGGUCCUCCAGAACACCAGGCACCCAUUCCUCACUGCACUGAAGUAUGCCUUCCAGACCCACGACCGCCUGUGCUUCGUGAUGGAAUACGCCAACGGUGGUGAGCUGUUUUUCCACCUGUCCCGGGAACGUGUCUUCACGGAGGAGCGAGCCCGCUUCUAUGGUGCAGAGAUCGUCUCUGCCCUUGAGUAUUUGCAUUCGCGGGACGUGGUGUACCGCGACAUCAAGCUGGAAAACCUCAUGCUGGACAAAGAUGGCCACAUCAAGAUCACUGACUUCGGACUGUGCAAAGAGGGCAUCAGUGACGGGGCUACCAUGAAAACCUUCUGUGGGACGCCCGAGUACCUGGCACCCGAGGUGCUGGAGGACAACGACUACGGCCGCGCGGUGGACUGGUGGGGGCUGGGCGUGGUCAUGUACGAGAUGAUGUGCGGCCGCCUGCCCUUCUACAACCAGGACCACGAGCGCCUCUUCGAGCUCAUCCUCAUGGAGGAGAUCCGUUUCCCACGCACACUGAGCCCUGAGGCCAAGUCCCUGCUUGCUGGGCUGCUUAAGAAGGACCCCAAGCAGAGGCUCGGCGGGGGGCCCAGCGAUGCCAGGGAGGUCAUGGAGCACAGGUUCUUCCUCAGCGUCAACUGGCAGGACGUGGUGCAGAAGAAGCUCCUGCCACCCUUCAAACCUCAGGUCACCUCUGAGGUUGACACAAGGUACUUUGACGACGAGUUCACCGCCCAGUCCAUUACAAUCACACCCCCGGACCGCUAUGACAGCCUGGGCUCCCUCGAACUGGACCAGCGGACCCACUUCCCCCAGUUCUCCUACUCAGCCAGCAUCCGCGAGUGAGCAGAGCCGUCUGCUGCCACCACCGCCGCGGGACACGCACGGCUGCCAUCACCGCCCGGGGGCUUUUCUCUUGUUUUUAAACUUUUUAUUUUUGCCUUU